AUGUUUCUUAAUCUUACAGUGCGAUGUGCAUUGUUUGGGGAUUAUGUUAAUCAAGUAAAUCAUUUCCUUGCCUCUGGGUACGUGGAGCAGUCUGUUGUAGUUAUUCAACUUGCAAAAGUCAAGUUCUUUCGGGGUCAAGUAGGUCUUCAAAAUGUGAUGUAUGCCACUCAAAUGUUAUUUAAUCUUGAUAUUCCUGAAGUUGUUGAAUUCAGGCAGAGUAUGAUUGAGCAAGGUGUCAGUGGUACCCAGCCACUGUUUAUUGCAAAUGAGGGUAAAGUUCUCUCCUUGGAAGAUGAUUUCAUGCGUCUAACUAGAAAAUGCACUAUUGAAGAGCUUCAAGAUAACAAUCAGGUUGUUUUCUUUUGAGUUAGUUGUGUUUUUGUUUGUUUUAU